GUCGGUGAUGUCUGAGUAAACCGCGUGUCGGAACUUCGGGAGAUGCUCGCCGGCGCGGUCCUACAUCCCGCGAUACUCUCACUUAUUCAUACAUUCAUGUGUUGGGGCCCGCUCAUACGUCAUUCAGUUUCGUCUCUCGUCGAACGAACGCCAACUGUGAUCCAAAAUAUAGGAGUGAUUCAGUUACUCAGUGCGUGUGUGUGUUUUUUAUUGUCAAAAAUAGACGUUUAUUGUUUUGGUGUUGUUGGUGCGACCGGAAGUGCCUUAUUACAGUUGGAUACCUAGACGGAUUACUGUUUCAGUUUUGUUUUUUGAAAAUUUGAGAGUUAAGCAGCAUAUGAAUGAAAAUGAACAGUACGCAAGAAUUUUCCAUCUACACUGGCAAUACAAGCUUCGCAUCACCAAUAAGUAGAACCGUCGAUUGUAGUUACGAAAUGCCCGAAAAACUACGGAAGAAAGAUAAAAAAUGGUCCAUUGGCAGCAUUUUCAGGAAAAAGAAAAAAGAAGACUCCGAUACUAGCAGCGAAGAAGAUUCACACAAGAACUUCUUCGGGUUGCGCAGAAGAAAAUCAAAGUCUAAGAAAAAAUUAUCACAUAAAACUGUAGGAACUUUCGAUCAUAUAGUGAUACCACCAGAAAUUAGGACUCCUGUAUCAUUAACUUUGUAUAGACAUGAAGACAGUGGUGUGUUCUCAGAUCCGACAGAGGGUUUGCACAGAUAUACCAAUGCAAGUGAUAACUGCAUAGCUACCAGAAAGGUAUAUGAUGACAGGAUUACAGAUUCUAAACAUCUACUCACUACUGCAUCUGUGGAUCGCAAUAAAAGGCCAAGAAAGCAGGCAAAAGCUCGAGCAGAGGCUCGAAGAACACCUCAAAAUGCGUCUAGCUCAGAAGAGGAAUCAAACUCUUCGUUGAAAAAAUUCGCGGAUGAAUCCAAGACGAUAAGCAAAAAAACAAGAGCUGCUAGAACAGAAAGGUAUCUAAAAAGACGGUCCAGAGAUGGCGAGAAUCCAUAUAACUACUUAAAGCUUUCAAAGUCUGAUACAGAAAAGUCUAACCUGGGUAUACUGUCUUGUGGUGAUAGUAGUAGAUCGCACAGCAGAAGUCCUCUUAUGCCAAAUUUAAUUACACCAGAUAAUAACAUCGUUGCAUCACUAACUCCUCCUCCAUGUCCAUACAGCAACAUCAGAUGCCAGUCCAUCGAGUCCAAAUACAUGCCCUCCAACUACUACCCCAAUAAGUUCCUGAAAGAAAACUUUCCUGAACUGAGAAGUUACUCUUACGAUUCUAAUAUCCACAGAGCUGUAUCCGAAGAUGUGAUCCAAACACCUAUGAAGCAAAAUAACAGAUAUAGCAGUAUUGGUUUCAGAGAUAACUGGCAAUAUAAGCACCCUCCAACACCCCCUCCUAGGGAUCCAAAUAGGGUCAAUAACGGAAGACCUGAUAGUUGUGCUUAUAGUUCCUUAGGUAGGAACAAAAGACAUAGUGAUGUUAACUCGUACUUUAACCAUAGAUAUACAACAGACUGUAUUUUACCAAAGAAUCUUUACGCUACCAGACCUUUUUCAACAUCUAUAGAAACAGAUUCACCAAGGUCUGUUCAUAGAAUAAAUCAAUUGAAUGGUGAUGACGAACGAUCUAACGAUAUCGACAAUCAUAGGAAUAAGAUACCAACGUCUGUAACAGCAGACACAUCUAGAACGAUGAAUAAGUUUGAUGAGUUUGACUAUCUAACAAGCAAGAGUCCUAGAAGUAGAAGACCUAUCUUUAUUCAGGAAACUAUAAAAUCUACUGUUCCAUGGAGAAAGAUCGAGCAUCAAAAUAACGUUACCAAUUCAUCUGUUUUGAAUUGUCCACAGUCUGUAAGUCCUAAGAUGUUUGUUAUCACUGCCAAAGCCAAAACAGAGGUUUAUCCGGUUAGUCAAUAUCGCGAUGAUAUCAAUAAUAACUUUAACAUAAAUGGUGAAUCUCCAAAACCAAACCUAAUAUCAUCACCUUCACUUGAUUCAGCUAACUCUAACCUAGAAUCUAAUGAACAAGACUCGAAAAAGCCGACUAACUUAGAAGACGCGCUGAAUGAAUUAGAAGAGAUCUACAAUAGUCUGAGACUUGGUGAUGAAGAUCUGCUUGAAAGAGCUGAACAAAGAGAAAAAGAAGCACAAGCAAACUAUAUUGGUGAGUUGCAUCCGAAUUACUCAGCAAGAGGAGCAUUGAGUGACUCUAGCUUUUCAUACGAACCUUAUAAUAACAUUGCGCCCAAGAAAAAGAGGCUGACGAGGAAAGAACGCAGCGCCAAUAUAAAAGACGACGAUAUGGCGUUUAGAAAGUUUUAUAGAAAGAGAUCUACCACCAUCAAUGACCCACAAUCAGUAGUUGCAAAAGUUAGCUACUUGAUGACUUCUCCUAUGAACAUGAAUGACUUUGAAGAGUUGCUAUUGCACAACACCUCUAAGGAGCCUGACAUAACGCAUGAUGAUGUCCUCUAUAGAAACAUAAAACAUGCAAAUACGUCUUUGAAAGUGAUUGAACCGCAACCACCUUUCGGUAUACCUCUUGGACCUAUUGCUGUUGGAUCUUCUAAUGACUAUUUGCAUGCUAAGCCUGAAAGUAUUGUUUAUAGACCUCUAUUCAAGCAUAAAAAGAUACCCGAUAUCAUAAAAGAUGAUUUGGCUUUCAGGAAUCUGCGUAAAGACACCAAUAAGGUGCCUGUGUUACCCGUAAAUAGCAAUACCGAUACUUCUACCUCUAAUUUAAGGUAUCUCCAAAAGAAGAGAGCUCAAAGAUCUAAAUCUGCAAAUAUACGCAACAUACUUGACCAAAGAAAUGACAAUGAUAUGGAAAACGAAUUUUGUCGUCUAACAGACAUAGCUGAUGCCAUGCAGAUUGCUAGACUAGUAUUGAAAGAGAAAGAAAAUAGGAUAGCUGCAACGAGGAAAGGUUCUAUGAGUGACCCGGAUGCCAAGUACGUUACUACUUGGCCUAGUGCCUACAGUCAGAAGGAAAAUGUGUCCUCAAAUAUGUCCAACCAACAGUAUACUCGGAAUAUGCUAACACUAUUAGGUCCAAAGAAAGAUCCAAAACCUAAAUCUCCCGAAGCAACCAAAAGGUCUACUAAUGAGUCUUUAUCCGCUUCAGUCGAAGACAUUCUAUCGGUACUAGAAAAAGAAGCAAAACAGACUACAGAGAAGAUUAACAAAGAGCUACAAUCAUUACAGGAACGUAAAGAAAGACUAGCAAAACUGAAAGUCAAGACAACAGUUUCUGAAGGAGUGAACGAUCUAACAAGGAGAUUAUCUGAUAUCGAUGCGGUGUCAAAUCAUGCCAAAAUGUGUGAAAAACUGCUGGAGACAGCCAUCUCCGAAAAUUUGGAUAAUUCUUCUGACGACGGGAAGUCUAGCGCAAAAAUCACUGAAAAAGUGGUAGAACUGCCUGCUGAACCGCACAAAUCUGAGUUCAUAGUUGGUCUUCAGGAGUUCCGAAAUAUUGUAAGUGAUAUAGAAAUACCAAGCAUCGACACAAGCAGUAAAACCGAAAAAUCAGCGAAAGUAGAAGGCAAAAUCGUUGAAUCAGAGUUAGGCUCUGAUGUGAAGGAUCUCAAUAAUACGUCGUCAAGUGCUACUGCUGACAAGGCUGUGGAUAAAGCAAUAGAUAAAGAAAUUAAGAUGACUCUAAAGUCUAGUUUCUUAGUAGCAUCCAUUGAGAAGACAAAUGGUAAAAAACAAGAUGAUGCAAAGUGGUCUGCUAACCAAGAAAAGGAAGUAUCAGAAGAGGAUACUGAGAAUGAAAAUAAACAAUUAGAAGAUAAAAAGGAAGAGAAAGAUGAUACUGAACCGUUAUACGAAAAUAUAGAUGUUAUUUGUAAGAAAGAUGAAGAUAAGGAUAAUUUAGGUGAGAAGUGUCAUUUCUAAAAUUUGUUGGUUGUACUAGUCAAAGAAUGUGCCUUUUUAAGUGCUAAACUUUCUUAUAAGUUGGAUGUGAGUAGUACUAACACAUUUUGUUGAUUGCGAUUUUUACAGGUAUAAUGAAAUGUUGAUGCAGUUGUUUUGCAUCUGGCUUCAAAACGUACCAAAUUAGAUCUAUUAUCCUUAGUACAUUUGUUCGAUAAUCACUGAUGCCUGUGUGGCCAAUAAUACCACAUGUGCUUAAAAGUCUUUUUUAUUGAACCCAAUUGUGACCCUCUUUAGUACAAUUUACACUUUUUGUCAAAAAACGGGCUGAAACGUAUAUAAUAAAGAAUUUUUAACAUAGGUGGCUUAAUUGGAGACAAACAUGGGAAUUAUUGACAUGAAAACCACAGGAUAAGUUAGAGAUAUUACAUUACAUAUUUCAAAUUAUUAAAAGGUGUUAUAUUGUUGCAAUACAUUCACUCUAUUUUAUUUCAUUGUACAAAAUAUUAACAUUUAGGACCAGCAAUGAUUUUAUUCAUCAGUAAAUACUUUGAUCGUCACUUAAAUUUUGAAUGCAACAUUGCUUUUUUAAUAGGUGUUUAACAAAAAAUUACACUAGAUCACCAAAAUAAUAAAUAUAUGUUUUUUACCGAAUUAUUGUGCCAUUACUUAAUGUAUUACCUAAAUAUUUCAGACAUGAUUAUUUAGAUUUAAACAUGUUGCCACCGUAAUAAUUCGUUUGAAAGUGUUUCAAAACCCGAUGUUUUAUUUUGCAUAAUUUUUGUAGUUAUUAAAGUUUUCAACUAGGCGUCGCAUAAGCGAAUCAAAGUAUGUUCAUUUUAAUCAAUAAGUGUUAAUCCACAAUGAAAAAAUAAAUAAACUUGUUCAUUACGAAAUAAAUAAUUUCCUUACUUUGUGUGCAUAACACUAAGUGAACGGCGUGUACUCAAAUGUCAUAUUGGAUGUGAAAUACUUUUGUAAUGUAGUUUUUGAAAUACCUUGAUUGAAAUUAUUCAAAUACUUGUUACCUCUACUAAUAAGAUUGUAAUCAAUAAUGAAAGAAUAUCUUUUUAGUAUUACCUGUAUUGUUAAGCAUUUGUGGUUACAUGUCGUUACUCUGGAAAUGAAAUAUACUUAUAUAGAAAUACCAACUUUCAACUCUUGUAUCGUUACUACUGUUACAGCAUGCAUAUCAUUAGGGUAACUUUAUAUAUCUGUUGUUAUUGCAUUUUAGUUACUGUUGUUUGUUGUCCAAUAAUAAUAGCACUGUAAUAACAAAUUUCUAACCGAUAUAUGAUGUAUGCAGGCACUUUUUUGGUUAACUUUGAAGUUUUUGACUUCAAUGUUUGAGAUUUGGAACUAUACCAAUGUAGAAACAAGCUUUUAUAAAUGUGUUGAAGAAAUGUUAGUUUUAAGAUUCAAGUGCAGCGUACCUUCUUGUGCUCAGCAUCUUAAAUAUAUUAAACUGAUUGUCAUUUUACCAAACGUCAGAUGUUCCAUUUGCAUGUUAUUUUAUUUUAUAAGUAUGUAUAUAUUUGUAAUUAAUUCUGUUGUUUUUAAGCUUAGCUAAUAAUAUUUUUGUGAUAUCUUUAAUAAUUACUUACAUCUAUAUGUGUACCUGUUGUAUACCCAUAUUUUUCACGUUAGGUAUAUUGUUUGAAUUCGAGAAUUUUACCAUAAAAGUUGUAAAAAAUAUAUAGAAUGUCAUGAAUAAACG